UUUGUCCUCAAACUGAUCCUUGUCUCUUUGCUCUCGCGACGCAGCCAAGGCACUCCAACCCCGACAAGUUCAACCUCCGACCCCUUCGUCCCAGCCGUCGUCAUGGCCGUGCCUUUUCCUCUUGUCGCCACCACUGCCAACGGCUAUCUCUUCGGCAAGUUACUAAUUCAGGAAAGCUAGUUGAAUCUGCUGUGAGAGGCUGGUUACCAAAGCCAGUACCAUCGGAACAUUCACACAUAAUUGAGUAUGUUGCUGAUUUCACAGUUCCAAGUGGCUUUGGGUGUUCUGGAGCUGUUCUUAUUACUAAUCUCCAUGACAAGGAGUUUUACUUGUUGGAGAUUGUCAUUCAUGGUUUCGAGAAGGGCCCGUUUUUCUUCCCUACAAAUACUUGGAUUCAUGCUCGAAAGGAUAAUCCCCAGAGUUGAAUCAUCUUCAAAAACCAAGUGCGGAUUUCAACAUAUUUGCGUGCAUUUUAUGAUUGAUUUGAAGGAGUUAUAUGCGUACAUUGUUAUGUUGUUAAACAUGCAUACUUGCCUUCACAAACACCAGCCGGGAUUAAAGAUCUUCGAUAGGAAGACCUACUAAGUAUACGGGGCAAUGGGCCACAUUAUAGGAUUUAUGAUUAUGAUGUCUACAUUUUGUUACCAUCUCUUGCUGUGAAAUUGUCAAGUUCAGACUUACCCUUCAAGUGCUUCUCUGAUAUAGAUAAGCUGUAUAAUGAUGGUCUCCUCCUCAAAGAUGACGAUGAGCAAAAAGAAUCCGUGCUGUUUACUGGCGGCAUGAUGAGAAAAGUUCUUAGUGUUGGAGGAGAGUGGUUAAAAUAUGAGAUCCCUGCUAUUAUAAAGAGGGAUAGAUUUAAUUGGUUGCGUGAUAAUGAGUUUGCACGACAAGCUUUAGUUGGAGUCAAUCCAGUGAACAUUGAGAUUUUGAAGGAAUUUCCAAUUAUCAGCAAGUUAGAUCCUGCUGUUUAUGGCCCUCCAGAAUCUGCUAUCACUAAGGAACUGAUAGAGCAAGAACUCAAUGGGAUGAGUGUAAAACUGUAGAUAUAUUUAAAAAUAAUAUUUAAUUAACGUGUCCAAAACGUGUCCGUGUCCAACAAAAAUUUCAUUUGGCGUGUCCGCGUAUCGAAUUGUAUCCAAUACGGACACUCGUAUCCGUAUCCGUGCUUCUUAGGUUCUAUCACAACUAGAUCUCAUCUUCUUAGUUGAGAUUUAACUACAUCAUUUUUCUUUCUUUCUCACAAAAUCAUGACUUCCCAUUGUCCAAAAAUCCACACAUAUAUUAUGCAAAAAUUUAAUUUAUUUUUGGGUGUAAUCAUCACCUCUAGGUCUAUCAAUACCUAACCAUCAUUCAUUUCCUCCAUGAUCACCUACUUCCUUCCAUGAUCACUCACUUCCUCCUUUAUCACCCACUUUCUUCCAUGAUCACUCACCUCACUCACUACAUCAUUAUCUCUCACUUUUCUCUACUUUUUCCACCAUCAUUCUCCUCUAUAAAAACCUCCAUCACCACCAUAUGCAUACACAUGAUUUUUCCACAAUCAACCGAGAGAGAGAGAGAGAGAGAGAGAGAGAGAGAGAGAGAGAGAGAGAGAGAGAGAGAGAGAGAGAGAGAGAGAGAGAGAGAGAGAGAGAGAGAGAGAGAGAGAAGAAUAAGAGAAGAGAAAUGGGGGAAGACGGAUAUGGAGAGCCGAAGCGAAGUCACCUUCAAUUUCCUCAAGUUAUAACUCACAUCUCCUCAAGAUGCUAAAAUCUCAUCAAGCCUCUACAAGAAAAAAGAAGU